CAAAAUUGUAGCGUGGGGAUCCGAAGCUCUUUCGGUUUAAGAUAUUUUUCCGUGAACAUAUCGAGAACGACAUAAGCACAUAUUUCUCUUUUAGUAGCAAUUAAGCACAAGUGUGUUUGUAUUUGUUUUCUCACCCGACAAAUACAACCUUCACAGAGCGAAAGAGGAAAAGACGACAAAAAAUGACGAGGUCAGCAGAUGAUAAUAUGCAGCCAUCGCAGCUCGAUCAACAACUUCAUCAACAACCACAGCAACGACCAGGACAACAAAUGGAGUUUCUGCAUCUCUCUGCUCAAGAAGCAUAUGAUCAAUGGGCGCCUACCUACGACACCAUGCCAAACAUUCUAGUCCGCACUGAUAAUCUAGCUAUGAUUUCUCUGCGGGAGCAAUUCACAUCACUUCUCCUUUCAUCUUUACCUUCACCUUCUCCCUCCCUCUCUUCCUCUCCUUCUUCCGCCUGUUCUACCUCCUCCAGUCCACCGACAGCUCACAACGCAACACAAAUCCCAGGACCGACCGUAAUCGACCUUGGAUGCGGCACAGGCCGCUGCACGCUUCCUCUACUGCGCAUUCCAAACGCGCGUAUCAUGGGCCUGGAUAUAUCACCGGGCAUGCUCGCGAUUGCCGAGUCUCGAUGCACUGCUGCGUUGCGGGAACUGCAAUUGCACUCCCACUGUGGCAGCGACGACGACAUUCGUAGUACGACAAGACGUAUAACAAAUGACACGAUUGGCAAAUCUGAUGGUGUCGGCGCUUCCCAGACCUCAAUGGAUGCUAGCAGUCCUACAAGAUUUAACCAUUUAGAUGCUGGAAAAGCUGCGUAUGCAAAAGACGUAGAGUUCCGAUUAUGGGAUGGGACUACAACGUCAACAUCAACAUCAGGAACAAAGACGCCUGUUUCUACUUUUACGGAGCCGAACCUACAGCAAGAAGCAGAAUAUAGUCCCACUGCAGACGGAAUAAUAUCCGCUCUCGUAUUGGAGCAUUUCCCGCUACACGACUUUUUCGCCGCGGCAUAUGACAUGCUCGGCGGGGCUAAGCGCGACGGGACGAGGAGCAGUAGCAAUAACACCGUCACCUUUACUCCUAUUCCUGCUCCAAGCCGCAACAAUGCUAGCCAGCACAGCAGAGGCUACCGCUACCGCUACCGCUACCUUCUUAUCAGCAACAUGCAUCACGAGAUGGGCGCGCGGACGGGUGCGGGAUUCAUUGACCCCGUGACGGGCAAACGCGUGCGGACAGUGACGUUUGUGCAUACGGUAGACAGCGUCCUUGCGGAAGCGGCAAAAUGGGGCUUCGAGCUUGUAGGUGACGUACAUGAGAAAAAAGUUGACGCGGACUGGUUGGACGCGGUGAGUAGUAGUAGUAUCGCCUAUCGAAAGAGGAACAAUAUAGGUUCGAACGAGAACCGUAGGGAACGGGCAGAAAGAAAAACAAGAUGUGCAUCACCGAAAGGCGAAGAGAAAGACGAUGAUGAGGGUGAGCAGGACGAUGAUGAAAAAAAGGCAGAAGCUGAACGCAAAUGGCGAGUUACUGCGCAAAAGUGGAUAGGCGUUAAUGUCUGGUUUGGAAUGUUGUUCCGCUUGAGCGUCUAGUGGGGACGAAGCAGACGCUGUUUGGGACUGGGUAAUGGAUGGAGGAGAUCAGAUGCCAUAAUGAUGACUCAGGGGAGCAUUUUCCUGGGGUAUUGGAGAAUUUCAGGUAUAUGUGCAUGUGAGAAAGAGGGGUUUUGAAGAAGGAGUUGAACAAGGAGUGGGAGACCCCACGUUGGGAUUAUACAGGAGCGU